GGCGGCCGUGCGGGAGCGCGGGCUGCGGCGCGCAGUCGGCCCGGUCCUGCGGCCCGCGAGCCCCCGCUGCCGCCGCCGCCGCCGCGCGCGCCCCUCGCCGCCCCCCGGCGCCGCCGCAGCCAUGGCGGAAGUCCACAGACGUCAGCAUGCCCGGGUUAAAGGAGAAGCCCCCGCGCGGCCCGCCGCGCUCCGACAUGAGGAGGCGCUGGGCAUGGCGUCGGCCGAACCGCUGACCGUGCUGCUGAAGCUGCUGGCCGCCGGCUUCUACGGCGUGAGCUCCUUCCUCAUCGUCGUGGUCAACAAGAGCGUGCUCACCGGCUACAGAUUUCCCUCCUCUCUGUGCGUUGGACUUGGCCAGAUGGUGGCCACAGUGGCGGUCCUCUGGGUGGGCAAGGCGCUCAGAGUAGUCAAGUUUCCGGACCUUGACAGAAAUGUACCUCGGAAGACGUUUCCACUACCUCUACUAUAUUUUGGGAACCAAAUCACGGGACUGUUCAGCACAAAGAAACUGAACUUGCCAAUGUUUACAGUUCUGAGAAGGUUCUCCAUCCUGUUUACAAUGUUUGCUGAAGGAGUUUUACUCAAGAAGACUUUUUCUUGGGGUAUUAAGAUGACUGUAUUUGCAAUGAUUAUUGGAGCCUUUGUAGCUGCCAGCUCUGACUUGGCAUUUGAUCUGGAAGGAUAUGUUUUUAUUCUGAUAAACGAUGUCCUGACGGCAGCAAAUGGCGCAUAUGUAAAACAAAAAUUAGAUUCAAAAGAGCUGGGAAAAUAUGGUCUGCUCUAUUACAAUGCACUGUUCAUGAUUCUGCCCACCCUGGCCAUUGCGUAUUUUACAGGAGAUGCGCAAAAGGCAAUGGAUUUUGAAGGCUGGGCUGACACCCUCUUUCUUCUGCAGUUCACACUCUCCUGUGUGAUGGGGUUUAUCUUGAUGUAUGCCACAGUGCUCUGCACUCAAUAUAAUUCUGCUCUUACAACCUCAAUAGUCGGCUGUAUUAAGAAUAUAUUGAUAACUUAUAUUGGAAUGGUCUUUGGUGGAGAUUAUAUUUUCACAUGGACAAACUUCAUUGGCUUAAAUAUCAGCAUUGCUGGGAGCCUGGUGUAUUCCUACAUCACUUUCUCUGAAGAGCAGCUGAGCAAACAGUCAGAGGCUGGUAACAAGCUGGACACCAAGGGGAAGGGAGCGGUGUGACAGAGGACUGCUGAGCCCCUGAGGCCACGCUUCUGAUCAGCUCGGAACUCUGGCAACUCUUACGCAGAAACUGAGGUGUCUUGAUUGUGGAGAAAAUACCAUUCCUUUGCACUUGUACAAUCUGAGGAUUGAUUGCUGCCUUUUAAAAUUUUAUGAGAGAAACUUAUAAUUGACUCUAUUUUAAAUAUGCCAUUUGAAUUAAUUUAUAUCAGACUGGAAAAUGUACUGGGCUUUUUAAUUUAUUUUUCCUCUAUGCUGACAGUGAGACAUCAGUGUUUUGAGAAUAUUUCAUUCCAUGGUUUGCUGUCCUGGCCUCCUGGGAGCUGCACAUGUAAAGUGCUCCAGCUGGAGCCUCCUCGUUCACAUCACCGCUGCGUCUGGGGGCGGUCCAGGCUGCCUUCUGCUGGAAAUGCAGCCAAGUAUCUGAAAUUACUCUUCUUUAAAUUCUAUUUCUUAACGAUUGCAUUUUCCUCAUAAGGAUAUCAUACUGCGUUUGCCACAGAUGACAACUUUGGCACUAAAAACUGUGGGGCUUUGAAGUAUAUGGCUUUCAAUGUUGGCUUCCCUGAGAACCCACAGGAUGAGCAGAGUGCAUGCCUUGAAAAGAUGCUGCUCCCUCUCUGGGAUGGGGAUAGUGAAGGGGUGGAGGCAGGAGGCCUUUUACUCCUUUACUCGUCUGGCUCAUUCAUUCAUUCAACCAGAAUGUCCUGAGUGUGUGAUGUGAGUAGGCAUCGUGCUGAGUACUGGAGGCAGAGAUGUUUCUGGAAGGAGUUGAGGGGUCUCCCUCCUGCUGUGGUGACAGGGUAAGACAGAGGCCAUAGCUCUGUCGGUCCAUUCAGAAGACGAUGUGACUGGGAACAAGGCGCAGAGAGUCCCAGCUCUCAGAAACAGCACAUCUUUGAAUGGGGUUAGGAGCAGCUGCCCUCCCUAGCCCUCAGCGGGGUGAGACCUAAUGCUGCAGUGUGCGCCGUCAGCUGUGGGAAGAGCUGCGCUUGGUGAACUGUGCGCUCAGCCCCUCCUCUCUCUGUGCGUGCUGGUGGGCAGGCACCCUCCACCGCCCCUGCUUUCCUCCUCUGGGUUUCCUUCCUCCUCUUGCUGCUCCUCUCUAAAUCAGCAGGACUGAGUCCAUUGGUUUGAGGGGAAAGGCUGGUUAGAUGUGUCUGUAUUGUCAAGGCUUGGUCUUCUACAGUGUCACUGUGAGCCAUCACCUUCCUUUCUCCUUAGACGGCGUGAGUAUCCCUCUGCCGCCUACAUCCUGUGUCUCUUGGCUCACUUAUUGAACAUGCCAGCUUCUGUCCAGACCAGGGCUGCGUCCUGGGAGAGCAUCCGUGAAUGGACGUUACCUGAGUUGCCUCUUGUUGGGGGCGGGGGCGAGGUGUUAAACACAGCCCUGUGACUUGGUUCAAAGACAUCCAUUGACUAGGGGGACAAGUAUUUGCCUGAGGCCAGCUGUGCAGUCAGUGUACCAGAGGCUGGGCACCUUUGCCCUGUUGCACACACUAGCUUCGAUUUCAUUGGAUUGGAAUCCACUGGGCUUUGUUGACCUAAACAAUCAGUAUUUUGGUGCCUCAGCAGGGGACCUAGAAGGUUUUUUUUUCUUUUUGUUUUUGAAGAUUACACUGAGGUCAUUUUCAUAUUCAUGUUUUUCCCUUAUUUUGGUUUGUCUUGAUUAAAGCCUGCCAGUGGUGCUGGGUCCCUACAGUUAGCCUCAUGGCCACCUCCAAGUUACAAGCUCCAUGCCACUUUUUUCCAGUAUCAUCUCAUCUGAGAAAAUUCCAGUGGGAGAAUAGGAUAUCACCUUGUGUAGGAUGCUUCUUAUUGUGCCCGUUUUACCAAUGAGAAAACAAGACUCAGAGAAUGUGGGUGACUUGUGGUUUUUUCCACUGAGCCAGGCUGCCAUUGAUCAGCUGCCCCUCUCUGAGGGCUGAGGAAGCAGGCAUGCUGGCUGAGUUAGCUCGAGAUCUUGCAGGGAGGCGAGCGGUUGAUUGAAAUUGGAGUCAGAGAGAAAAGCUGGGAGAGAGAUGGGCGCUCUGUGUGCCAGAGCUUUUGCGAACUUCCAGGCCGGCCUCACUUGAUAUGCACUUCUGGCUGUGAACGCUGCUGGCUUCUGCCCGCCUUUGCCCCAGUGGGGUGGAAAGCCAUCGUGAGAGCGAGUAUUAGUGGUUCUGUUCCUUCCUCUAUCGGCCACACAAAGGGGGGACCUUGGACAUUAGAAAUAAUUUGUGUUUUAGAGUUUCUCAUCAUGGAAGGCCUUUGGGUAUGUCUGGAGGCCAGACCCCCACUAGGGGUUGAACUGCUUCUGGGGGUCAGGUUCCCUUACAGAUCUGUCAUCUCUCUGGGUUUAUUUGAGAAAGUCACGUAUAGUUACAGCUUCGCUAAAUGCAUAUGACCUCAGGGCCCCUGACAUGUGCUGCACUUUCUGACUGACCAGAAGCAGUGGAGCAACUCACAGCUUCUGUCCCGUCUGUGUGCUGAUUC